UCUUGAGAUAGUAGAACUGAAGAGAUUUGAGGUGAGAAAAAUGCGCGGGCUAGUAAAUAGAUUGCUGAUUUCCUACGGAAGGGGAAGAGGGUGCAGAAAUAAUCAGCAUUUGUUACUAUUGAGGAAAGGAAGUUCAUAUUCAACGGAUAACAGUUUCAGUGAAGAAGAUGGACAGCAGAGUUCAAAGGUCAAGAUUUUCGAUCGGGACCUCAAACGCAAACAGCGUGAUAGAGCAGCAUGGUUGAUGCGCCCUAAAGACUCCUUUGUUGAUGCAGUAGCUGAGAAUCUUGUGGAUCGUUUAGAGGAUUGCAAAAAAAGCUUUCCUACUGCUUUAUGCUUAGGUGGUUCCUUGGAAGCUGUAAGACGUUUAAUAGGUGGACGUGGAGCAAUUGAGAAGUUAAUUAUGAUGGACACGUCGCAUGAUAUGCUGAAAUUGUGUAAAGAUUCAAUGGAGAAGGAUAUAUCUAGCAAGAACAUUGAGACAUCAUUUGUACUGGGUGAUGAAGAAUUUAUGCCUAUGAAAGAAAACUCCCUAGAUUUGGUAAUCAGCAGUUUGGCACUCCAUUGGACCAAUGAUCUUCCAGGGGCUAUGAUACAGAGUAGAUUGGCAUUGAAGCCUGAUGGUCUAUUUUUGGCUGCAAUUCUUGGUGGAGAAACACUAAAGGAACUGAGAAUAUCAUGCACGAUUGCACAAAUGGAACGUGAAGGAGGCAUUAGUCCAAGAUUAUCUCCCUUGGCACAAGUACGAGAUGCAGGAAAUCUUUUGACUCGAGCUGGUUUCACUCUCCCUGGAGUUGAUGUUGAUGAAUAUGUUGUCAAAUACAGCAGUGCUCUGGAGCUGAUAGAACAUCUACGCGCAAUGGGUGAGACCAACGCUCUUUUCCAAAGGAAGAAGACUCUGAAUAGAGAAACAGCCCUAGCUACUGCAGCCAUUUAUGAAUCUAUGUUUGGUUCAGAUGAUGGCACCAUCCCUGCCACAUUCCAGGUAAUAUACAUGACAGGAUGGAAGGAUCAUCAUUCUCAACAAAAGGCAAAGAGAAGGGGAUCAGCAACUGUAUCAUUUCAAGACAUACAAAAACAGUUUGGUGAAUAAGGCUAUACCUAAUAGCAACGCCAGAAGUAGAAGAAGUUUGUGAAUCCACCCACAUAUUCUUCAUUUAUUUAUUUAUUAUAUAGAAAAUAAGCAAAACCUUGUAGAGUUUGAUUAAAGAACAUAAAUUGUAAACUCAAGCUGAACACUAAAUUUACUUUUUGUUUGUCUCUCA